AUGGAGACCCAGUUCGCCAAGAAAAUAAUUGCAACAUCUUUGACCCUAGCUGUUACAGCUUGCGCCGUUCUGUUGGCAGUGUUCAUUAAAGUCGAUAGGUUAAAAAAGAAAAAGAAAGAAAAAGAUGCAACCAAAUCUGCAAAAAUCUCUUCAAACCCGAAAACAGUCAUAAAUACCGACAAAGGAACGCUGUCCGUCAGACAAAAAAUAGUCACCAAAACCAAGUAUAUCUUGCCUGCUCGUAAGGUCAAGUCGAACCAAAAGAGUAGUGGUGCUACGAUUAUCCAACAGAUUUAUCAUUCCAAACCAAAGGCUGGUGAUGCUGUGGUUAUCAAACAGACCGAUGAUUCCAGACCAACAAGAGACAGUAAAGCCAAGUUUGUAAGAAGCAACUCCUACAUAUCAGCAGAAGAUAGUGUCACUAAGAAAUUAUCGAAUGAAAUUCCUCUAGAAUUAUCUCUCGAAGAUGGAAAAAGUAGCCAAAAACAGAAGGAAAAACAAUUUCGAGCUUGUUUUUCACUUUAUUUCAUGGGAAAUGUUAACAGAAACACCUAA